UCCCCUCACCCCCCUUUUUUCUCCCGCUCGCCAAGCAGUGAGAUUGACAAAGACCCCGAAACUGGCUCGCUUUAGCUCACCGCACACUCCUGCAAAUACAUUUAUUUAGCGAUCAUGUUUCAGUGAACAGUCAUCUUUUCUUCACAUCUGAUCGGAAGAGAACGCCGCAAACCCCAGAUUGAAGGUGUGGCGGCGGCGUAAGAAGUCGGAUACAGCACUGGUGACUCGCAGUAAGGUAGAGCCACGGACUCAAACCCGCUACAAGAAGACAUUUCGCCAGAUAAAAUUUUGACUUGUGCUGUUUAUAGACUCACGCAAGACUAUGAAAUGGCAAAACAAUUGUAUUUAACCAUGGUGUAAAAUUGAUCAUACAACGCACCGGGGCGCAGAAGGCGUGCUAGGGGGGCUGGUGGGUACAGCGAUGUGUUGAGCCUGGAGGCGGUGUGUGGUCAUUAGAACCGCGGCGCAGUCGAAUCUUAUCCGGAUCUAUCUUGGAAGAUUUUGCCUUUUCCAUCGAAACCUCUGCGGCCAAAAGCCGUAUCGACUUCACGAACAGAAUGGGAAAGUGCAAUGGAAGGUGUACGCUAGUUGUCAUCUGCUCCUUACAACUGGCGGCAGCACUGGAGAGGCAGGUCUUUGACUUUCUGGGAUAUCAAUGGGCACCCAUCCUGGCCAACUUCCUGCACAUCAUGGCUGUGAUACUGGGAAUCUUCGGCACUGUGCAGUUCCGCUCCCGCUACCUCAUCCUGUAUGCACUGUGGCUGGUUCUCUGGGUGGGCUGGAACUCCUUCAUCAUUUGCUUUUACCUGGAGGUGGGGCACCUGUCCCAGGACAGAGACUUCCUGAUGACCUUUAACACUUCUCUACACCGGUCCUGGUGGAUGGAGAACGGGCCGGGCUGCCUGGUCACCCCGGUGACAAAUUCCAUCUUGGCUCCAGAUGACCACCAUGUCAUCACAGUGUCCGGCUGCCUGCUGGACUACCAGUACAUAGAGGUGGUCAGCUCUGCCUUGCAGGUCUUUCUGGCGCUCUUUGGGUUCGUGUAUGCCUGUUACGUCAGCAAGGUAUUCCUGGAUGACGAGGACAGCUUUGAUUUCAUUGGCGGGUUUGACUCAUAUGGCUACCAGCCCCCGCAGAAGACAUCACACCUCCAGCUACAGCCCCUGUACACCACAGGGUAGGUGACAUCAGUCCAAGGAUGGCAGACAAGAGAAGGAACAGGGACGAUCAGGAGGCAUGCCUCUGAGGGGGAAAGGCUGCAGCGUCUUUGCGAAAUUGUCUUACGUAGAAUUCUUUUGUUUCUGUGUAGCCUCUGAUUGUAACUUGAGAAAGCUGUCUCAAGGAGCCCCCUGCUGUAGGCCUGGGGGAACUGCGCCCAACGGUGUGAUUGGACGAAUCUCAGGGCCCAUCUGAGAGACACUGUGGGUUUGGAUCACUCUGCUUUUCUAACUGUGAUUGAUUAUGUCUGUUCUUUGGGUUUUUUUUACUCUGUGGUAGAGGUUUACUUGUGGUUCCGAUGGGUCUAGUUCAGGGAAUGGGGUCCAGGUGCGGCGCGUGGCGGGGCCAGGCCGAUCGCAGCUCGCUCCUUCUCUUCGUCUCUUUUUUAAUUUUUUUAAAGAAAUUAAAGGUUUUAAGUUACAUAUUUAUUUUCACGUGAAGGACUGAAGCCUUUGCAUUGUGGCAGCUCAUCUUCCCACGUGACUCUCCAGUGAUGCUCAGGAGACGACGGAGCUCCAGGCCCAGUUCACAGAAGGGCUAACCCUGCAUCUCGGAUCAGGCGGCUCUGCAGAAGUAGGGCUGGAAUACCACAGAUGCCGGUGCUGAUGGAGGGGACUGGGUUUUAGGACAAGGUCUGGAAACUGGACGCUUUCAAAGGUCACACAAGGUAUCCACACUGGACUGUGGAAUAAACUGACCUAUGACAUCUGACACCUGACCUCUGCCUGCAUGGAGUUUCCUGUGAGCAUGUAGCUGUUACCUCAGAGCCGCCGUGUCCCCUGCAGGUUAAUGAGGCUGAAUGGCACUCUGCGGGGUCAGGUGACAUUCUAUACAGCCAGGCCCUCCUGACCUCCAGCCUGAACACUCAUUCCACACUUCUCCAUGUUUGGAGCAGGGGCACCUGUGGCUUGUUAUUUCUUUUGUUUGUUUGUUUUGGUUUUCUGUGCGAAUUCCAAACUUUUAUUUUGUAUUAUCCUAGCAUUUGAUGUUAACAUAGAUCAGUGAUUAGUGUUUCUGGGAAAAGUGAUGUAGGUUUGUGUGCAUGUAAAUAUUUGAGAGGUUUUUUAUUGAAGCCUGUCACCUUGGAUACCUCGGACCUCUGAUGCUUGUCUCUGUGCUGUGUCUCAUCUCAGCAUUCUUCCUUUUUCCAUCUAACCAGCACUCAUUCCUUCCCUGUUAGGUUCCUGUUUUUUUUUUCAGGGCAUCUCUUUCUCACCUGCAUUCUCUAUCUAUCUGUCCAGUAUGCUUUCUAUCCCUGGGUGUAGGCAGCUGAGAGCACACGAAGAGCAGAACUCAUAUUGAGAGCAGUUCCCUAGCAUUGUGUGGAGGGAAUAGAUGGGAUAGCUUAAAGACUUAGCACAAGAGUUUGCAGUUUGCAUUGCAUGCCACACUUUUCUAUCGCCUUUCUGUGACUGCUGUAAAACUGUGUGUGUGUGUAUGUAUGUGUGCGUGUGUACGUGCGUGCGUGCCUGCGUGCGCGCACAUGCGUGCUUGAGUGACGUGUGCCAUUGAACACACCCUACAGGAAGAUAGGAAUGGGAGAUUUGAGUUAUUGUGGAAUAAAAGAAUUGUUUCCAGUUA